AUGGCAACGGCGACAUAUGAACUCCGCGCCCUCCCCCCCCUCCUUCUCAACCUUCCCGAGCUGACUUUUGAGUCGACUCAAAGACCCUACAUUCCGCACAGCUCCGCCACGCUUGGAGCAACCUUAGCCGCGUCCCCCUCCUUCCCUUUUUCCAACUCCUUCCCGCCCUCCCUCCGUCCUUCCUCCCUCCCUCCCUUCCCCCCUCCCCAAUUCCCCUUUCUCCCCAGACCCUACAUUCCGCACAUCUCCCCCUGCGACCGCCUUCCCCACGCGCCUAUUUCCGCCACGCUUGGCGCAACCUUGGGCGACUGA